UCCUGAUACCUCUUUGCCGUUGACCUCUCUUCACAAAUAUAUAUUAAACGGGAUCAAGGAUCCAGUAACAUUUUUAAGCAUGAUUGAAAACAACAAUGGCGCAGAUGUCAUGAAACAGGCGAGUAAUGGAAGCGCCGAAAUACCUCCUGACAUUCAAAAACGUUUGCCACAACUGUUUACAUCAAUGGAACUAGCGUUUUAUCUUGACAAUUAUCAGGUUCUCCCUAUGCUGGUUAAAUACACAGACAAUUAUAUUAUUGAUAAAUGUCUUAAGAGUAGUUUAGGCAAGACUAAUGAGGCUAUAAUUAGAGGCAUUAGAGGGAAAUUAUCUCACGAGCACAAGCCCAAGCAUGUCGCUUUCGGCAGAUUACGAGACCCAAGUGAACACAACGCGAAAAAUGUGUUUGUCGUUUUCAGCACAACCAAGACACACGGCGCGGAGACAAGUAUAGCAGGUUACAGGGUUCUGUUUCGCGAUCCAGAAAUUUGUGAAAAAGAUGGAAUAGAUGAAGGAAGGGUGGUAUUGCAUCAUUGUCACGAGAAUGACUAUUUCUUAUCGGAAGAUGAAAAAGUGCUGAUUGACAAAGCUAUAAAACAAGAUUGUGAUAAAUUGUGGAACAGGCAUUCCAACAUCAGGGGAAUCAUGUCUUCGCCGGUCAAAUAUAGUAAAGGGCAAUUUCUGCGGCAACCGUGCGUCGUGAUACUUUGUCUUUUUAAAACAUUUAUACCCGAAAACGAGCUUGAUUUUCCGACUUCAAUCCUAGUUGACGGACAAUAUGUCCCUGUUGAUGUUCGAGAAGGUUACUUUCGGCUUGUAGGAGAUGAUAAUCCUUUGGCCAAACAUGUACCAUUGAAAAUGGGAUGCACAAUACGAACCAAUGACGGAACAGCACGGUUUGGAACCUUAGGGCCAUUUGUGGAAUAUGAAAACAGAUUAUGUGGCCUUGUAGCUGCACAUGUGAUGUUCUCGAAAGAAGAGUGUCAACAGAAGGCCAAAACCAACAGAAGUUCACAAGAACAUGUACUCUCUGAUACUAAAUAUGGAGGGACAAGAGUCGAGGAGGUAUAUGCUCGCGGUUGUAGUGAGCGCCUGAUGCUACAGCCUGGAAAUGGUCCAGGCGCUAACCAACAAGACGUGGAUCUGGUGUGCGGACGAGUGAUAAAAUGGGACUACGCCAUUGAAAGGGACACAUCGAUAGACAUCGCCGUUGUGGAAAUUACCAAAAAAGAGAGAAAACCUCAGCAGGGCCUAUUUACUGCAUAUGAAAAACAUCAGUUCAAAAAAAUUGGUUAUCCCGACAUGGAACCAACAUUCGACACCGGAAAGAAAGGAAAUCCGACAUGUGACCCAGAGGCAGACAAACACCCAACAUCUGUCUCGGAAGAAGCCGAACGCGAAAAGUCAGACAAUGACAAACGCAAAGACCAUACAGCUGGCAAUAAUACCAUUAUAUUUGGAGGUGUCUCAGGUCCGACCAUUGGUAAAUAUCGAAACAGUUCUAGCGUCCAAUUCACAGACAAAGUAUGUGGGCGGACAGAAGCAAAUGAAAGAUAUCGGGGCAUGCAUUUUAUAGACAACAGCCAAUGUGGUGAACCGGAUUGCAAACUUCCCCCUUUAGCUCAACGUGGCGAUUCCGGUGGGGCAGUGUUCCAACGAUUAGAGGACAAAUCUUUGGUCUCAAUCGGCGUACUAGUAGCAGUCGAUAACACCGGGUCCGCACUAGUCACUCCAAUUAAUCCAGUUCUGGAUUAUUUUAAUCUAAGGAUGAAAAAGUUUCAAUGAUCUCAGCCACAGUAAAUACCUUACAGAGAACAUUGUACCGUGAUUGUGUUAAUUCCAUAACAAAAACACACAUACUGUCUCUCAAAUUAACAUUACAACACGAAGUGUAUUAGACAGGGUUUAGGGGCCACGCUACCAUUUCCAGAUGUGGCAUUUAAGUAUGAUGACGUUAUCAAGUGGUCCGCGCCAAUGACCCUAUCAUUUGUGGAUUUCCUCCUGGAAUAAUCAUUCUGUGAUAAUUAAAACUUACAUUCCAUUAACUUAUAUUAUUUAUCGUAAAUACCAGUGUUAUGUUUUAUACUUUGUUGUACCGAUAUCCUUGUAAUAACAAGGCAUUACUUAAGAACCGUCCUCAAAAGACAUUGUUGCAUUGGUGGGACGUUAAACAAAUCCUGUUUUUAUCCAGUUAAUGUAAUGACUCUAUGCUAAAAAGGUUCGUGACAUCCUUUCUUAAUGGACAGAAUUUUAUCGUGAUAAUGAUUAAUUAGCUCACCUGGUUCAACGGACCGGUGCGCUUAUGUUGUGUCACGGUAUCUGUCGUUAGUCCGUCUGUUAAUAUGUCUUUGAAUUCGCUACUAGUCAUCAACGAGAAAAUAAUUUUGACUCAAUUCGCUCAAAAUGCAUUCAUUAGAAAAGCGGGAAAAUGGCAUAAAUGGUGACACUGGCCUGCCUGGGAUAGGUGGGGCAAAAUAGAGGAAAUAUUGGUGUCCUUUCAAUCGCUACUAACGAGUAAAAGGAUUUGAACCAAAUUUGUUCAGAUGCAUCCUUUGGGGAAGGGGACAAUUUUUCAUGAAUGGUAACUCUGGUCAUGUAGUCCCGUAGGGGCGGGGGCAAGAAGUAGGAAUAGGGCUAAGUCUUUUCAAUCGCUACUAGUUAUGAACGAAUGAAUUGAUUUGGACCAAAUUAUGCAUAAAUUGUAACUGGUUCUCUACAGCAGGAGAGGCGGAUCGGGGCGUGGCUCAAUAGUUGAACCAAAUUAAUUAAUUCGUUCACGACUAUUAGCGAUUUAAAAAUGUUAUAUGUAUCCACAUAUAUUAACAUAAAAAGUGGCGAUUGAAAAAUUACCAUUUACGGAAAUAUAGUUAGUUGCGUAAAUGGUAACUGACCCUUUGAAGCCGGAGGGUUGGGGCCCAAUAGGGGAACUAAAAGUAAGUCUUUUAAAUCGCUACUAGUCAUGAACGAGUGAAUGGAUUUAGACCAAAUUCUGCAUAAAUGGCUACUGGCGCCCCGGGGGCGAAGUGCCAAUAGGGAAAACAGAAGUAAAUCCUUCGUCAUAAUAGAGAUAAUUGAUUUCAUCCAUGUUUGAUCUAAAGCAUCUUCGGUUGAAGUGGAACCAAGCGGCGUCCCAAUAAGGGAAAUUGUUUUGAAAUCAUUCUUCCUCUGUAGAAAUGUGUUUUGCAAGAAUUACUGCAAUAUCCAUGCCAGCAAUACAUGCCCUCUGGGCGUCCUGUUAUUUAUAAGAAUACGAAUAAGAAUAUAGAAGGUGUACAAAUAGGCUCUAUUCACGCGAGACGACUUCCGGUUUUCAAAACGAGGUUCAGGGUGCUUCUUCCUCGGCAACAGUAGUUAUGGACGCCACAGAGAAAAAGCUGAAGACGAACUUUCACUGCUGUGUGCCCAAGUGCAAUGGGGACAGCAGACGACACGAUGGCUUGUCAUUCCAUCGUCUUCCACAGGACAAGGAAUUGAGGAAGCAAUGGAUCAUAAAGAUCAGACGUGAUGAGGGCCUGAAUUUUAAAGUGACAGAUUCUACUGUUGUUUGCUCAAGACAUUUCAAUCAAGGAGAUAUUGUGAAAAGUUUGACAGGGUUGCGGAAAUUAAAAAAAGGGACAAUACCUUGUACAUUUGAUUGGUCACAUGACACAGUGCCAAGAAAAUCACCUCGAAAAAGACUAGCGCCUAUCAACAGUGAUGAAAAUAUGCCCAAGAGAAUGAUUACCACAAUGACAUCCACAGUAACAAAUCCAGCACCUUAUCUUGAGCAUGACUACUGCACUGAAAAGCCAUCCCCAGAAGAAGAUAUUGAGGAAAUGAAGAAUCAUAUUGGUGCACUUCAAAAGAGGAUUCUGGAGCUGGAGAGAAAGGUGGAAAAGUUUGGCGUAGAAAAGUUCUCUACAAAUCCUGAUCUAAUUAAUUUUUAUACAGGCUUUCCUACAUAUGAAAUCUUUUGUUCAAUAUAUAAAGUGAUUGAGCCAACAGCCUCCAACAUGAUCAGAUGGACUCAAAUUCAAAGGAAUAGUAACAUCAGUAGUAAUCCAUUUAGAAUUGAAUCUUUGUCAUUUGUAGAUCAAUUUUUCAUGUUUUUAUGUCGAAUUAGACAAGGCUUUUUUGAGGAAGAUCUAGCACAACGUUUUUGUGUGUCUCAGAGCACUGUUAGUCGUAUUAUUAUAACUUGGAGUAAUUACUUGUAUUGUAUUUUAGGUUGUAUACCUAUCUGGCCGACAAGAGAUAUGGUUAGAAAAAAUUUGCCAGACUGUUUUAAGAGUACUUUUCCUGAUACAAAAGUAAUUUUGGAUUGUACAGAAAUUCGUGUUCAAACUCCCAGUGCUAAAGUUUUAAAUUCACAAACAUAUUCAAAUUACAAGUCGCAUACUACCUUCAAAGGACUUAUUGGUAUUACUCCAAAUGGAGCUGUUUGUUUUGUUAGUAGAUUAUACACUGGCAACAUAUCUGAUAAAGACAUCACUCAACGUAGUGGAAUUCUAGAUUUGAUAGAGGCAGGCGAUGAAGUUAUGGCAGACAAAGGUUUUUUAAUACAGGAUUUAUUAGAUCCAAUUAGUGCAAAACUAGUUAUCCCUCCAUUUCUAGGAAGUAAAGGUAAAUUUAGUAAAGAAGAAGUCAGUAAAACACAACAAAUAGCAAGAUUAAGAAUACAUGUUGAGAGAGCAAUAAGAAGAUGUAAAGAAUACCAUAUUUUUGAUCAAGUUGUACCUUUGUCCAUUGCUGGCACUGUGAAUCAGAUUUGGACCAUUUGUUGCUUACUUACAAAUUUUCAAGGAAAGUUAUUUUAGCUUUACAAAGUUGGAAUAUGUAACUAUCAUAUAUCUAUACACACAAGUGUAAUUAGUAGUUUGCAAUAUAUUCUGCAUAAAGUCAAUAGCACUUUAGCUGAAAAUAAUUCAAUUUUGUUUGAAACAUGUUUUUUCAUUGGUUUGUUAAUUGAAGUCCAUCAAGUUAUAGACUGAAAAAUAAAAGACAUGUUUUGAUGACUUCAUAGUUCAUACACAAAGUACUACUUUUAACAUUAAAGAUCAUCUGCUAGGCUACAGUACCCCUAAGGCUAUACUAGAUAUGUCGUUUGACAAAGGUGACCCGAAAGAAAUUUUAAGUAUCAUGGAUGUAGGCCUGCAUCAGGUUACUGCUCAGAAAGAAGAACUAGACAUAUUACUUAAACUGUAGGUAUUCUAUACUAACAUCUUUUUUUAUAGAAUUAUUGUUAUGAUCAGUAGACUAUCUCUUUAUUCCAUAAUUACACAAGUUUGAAUAGUUUUUCCAACUUGUUUGUCUGUAAAUAAAUGUAAUGUAGAAGAUUGUUCAAAGUUACACCCAUUCAGUUACAUGGUACCUUGUACUUGUUUUCCUGUAAACAAUUUCUACAGUAGAAUUGAUAUUCAUACACCUUUUGGUUGUGCAUGUAUAAACCCAUGUACUUUAGUAAUAUAUAUAUACAUGUAACCCUUUUCCUGAUGACAUUUUCAGUGUUUGACACACUUUGGCAAAUAGUAGUUGAAAUAGAACAUGUCUAAUGUCUGCUUCAUUUCAUGCCACUUUUCUGGAUUGAAGUUAAUCCUCUCUAAAUGGUAGUCAUUUCUACACAUUAUAAAUAAAUCACACCACUGCACACCUGUGAGGCCCAUUUGGCCCAUAAUUUGAUAAAAGUAGUCAUGUGUGGUCUUCAGUUUGUAUGUACCAGAAUUGUCUACCAAACAUAAGUACUUAAGAUCUGUUAUCGAAUCUGCAUUUGGGCAUUUAAUUUCUAAAAGUCCAUGCAUGGGUAACACAGAUGGAUCAAUAACUUUCCUGUCUGGUGAUGUGCCCAAAUGCCAACAGGAAGGAUUUAUCAAUAAUCCAGCAUGGUACACAUUGUUUCCUGUAAUUGUACCAUAGAAAUCAGCAGCUUCCUGCUCAUGUUCAAUGCCGAAUUUCAUAGCAGCUGUUUGCACUUUAUUUCCUUUGAUCAAGUUAUCAGCAAGGGUGUUGUAUUCUUUUUUUCUCGAGCAGACACGUUUAAAAACUGAUGACGUUAAUCGGUUUUUGCGCGCAUUUUUCCAGGAAGGGUUUUUUGAUUGUUCUAAAGUGUUUCUUUCUACAUCAAUACUCUCCGAUAAUGUUACUUUUAAUCCAUCGUAAACAUUUUGCUCACCCAUUUGUAAAACUACCUCAAAAUUACUAGUAUUAUCUGGCAUUUCAUAGUCUGGAUAUGUUUGAUAAUCUGUAUGAUUUAUGAUACUUGUGCUGUCUUGAGAUAUUUUUUGUUGAUAUGACAGAAUUGAUCCUUUAGGUACAGCUCCAACCUUUGUGUCAACUGUUUCAAUAUCAUCUGUAGUAACUGGUAAUAUAGUUUUCAGCUGAACAUUGGUUGAUUGAAGUUGUGUGUUAAGAUUUGUUACAAUGUUCUUGAAUGGAAGUGGUUGUUGAACUGGACAAUAAAAUUUAGAUUUGA